UUUCAUCAUCUAUUUAAGUUUUGUGUAUAUAAAUGGUAUUUUUACAAUAUUUUGUAUACAGUUACACAUAGCAUUUAAGACGAUGCAUUCGCCUAUCAUAUUUAUUUGUUUAUUGUUAGCUUAUAAUGUUACCUCUCAAGACUGCGGUCUACUGCACACAAACGUUCCAGUGCCGUUAAAAAACCUUCUAUCCAUCGCAAGCCCGAUUCCUAUCCCAGUCCCACCAUGCGGCUGCCUCAAGUCGUGUGGCUGUCCAGAACUAUGUGGCCUCCUGCCUCCUACUGUACCCCCUUGUGGGUGCUUUAACCCCGCAAUCGGUAUACCUAACCCCGUAAUUCCAGUCCAAACUUGCGGCUGCACCAAUGCCUUUGGAGCGUGUACCUGCGGCGCUCCUGUCAUAGGGAAUCUUUGCGGACGUAAUACACCUACAGUUGGGAUAUCAACGGCUUGUGGAUGCAGUGACCCUAAUGUGAGGAUUAUCGAUGGUUGCCCGAAAUGCCAACCUGUGUAUAGUUAUAAUUUGCCGUCGAUUGGGUAUCCUGCAUGCGGUUGUACUGAUUUUGGUGGUGUUGUAGCGCCUAGUUUUCUACCGCCUUGUGGGUGUGCAGGGUGCGGUUGCGGGGCCCCUCUGGUUCCUUAUGGGGUUUGUGGUUGCGCGGCUCCGUCAUGCGCGUGUGGUUGCGGUGGGUGCGGUUGCAUCGGCCCUUGCGGUUGCGCUCCCGUAAACGCAUGCGGAUGCGUAGAGGUUCCUUGCGGUUUGCCUAAAGUGAAGACUACGUGUACUUGCGUGACCCCAACCAUUGAAACGCCGUAUGGCUGCGCUCAAGGCAAGCCUACUUGUGCGUGUGCUACCACAUUCGAGGUGCCCACUUGUGGGCUCCCUGUAGUGCCUCCUUUCUCACCAGUUAUCGGGUGUUCGAGAUAUUUAAGACAGGUGUGCGUGCAACCUCCAUUUUUGUAAUUUAGUUAGAGUUUAAGUUAUAAAUUAUUGUCUGAUAUUCUUUAAAUAUUUAAAUAUACGAUUAAACACC